AUGGCUUCUUCUGGAAAUCCAAAUCCAAAUCAACAACAACAAACCCAAUUUGAUUUGCAGAAACUUUUCAAAGGACCAACCAAUCAAAAUCCUCUACCACCAAUUUCAUCAAAUUUGAACUCUUCUCCUUCAUUCCCUUCACCUUCACUUUCUACACCCCCUCCUUCUUCUUACCCUACCCCCUCUUCUUCAUACCCUCCACCAACUGGUACUUACCCUUAUCAUCUUCCUCACUAUCUUCCUUUUCCAAAUCUUCAUCAUCAACAACAAGAAAACCCUCUUAUCCUUCAACACAACCCUCAAAUGCAUGCACCUCAAAGACCUAUUUUUCAACCCCCUUCUUCUUCUCCUUCCUCACCGCACCUUCCUGCAUCUCCGAAUCCGAAUACUACCUCUGGUGCACGCUUAAUGGCUUUGUUGGGCACACAAAACCCUCCUUCAAAUCAAGAUUCUUCUUCAGCAGCAUCGCCAUCGGUUUCUGAGUUUUCAGUGUCAGCUAACCCUGCUUCAGGUUCGAACAUGGCAAGUCCUCAGUCUACACCUACGAGGAUGCUGAGCACGAAGCUUCCUAAGGGUAGGCAUUUGAAAGGAGAGAGUGUUGUUUAUGACAUUGAUGUCAAGUUGCCUGGGGAAACGCAGCCUCAGCUUGAAGUUACUCCGAUUACUAAGUAUGCAUCUGAUCCCGGCCUUGUGCUUGGGAGACAAAUUGCGGUUAAUAGAUCUUACAUAUGCUAUGGACUCAAGCUUGGUGCCAUUCGGGUUCUUAAUAUCAAUACUGCAUUGAGAUAUUUGCUUCGAGGUCAUACUCAGAGAGUAUCUGACAUGGCUUUCUUUGCUGAGGAUGUUCACCUGUUAGCCAGUGCUAGCACUGAUGGGAGAAUUUUUAUAUGGAAAAUCAAUGAGGGCCCUGAUGAGGAAGACAAGCCUCAAAUUACUGGAAGAGUUAUCCUAGCCAUUCAGAUAUUAGGAGAGAGCGAGUCAGUCCAUCCACGAGUAUGCUGGCAUCCCCAUAAACAAGAGAUUUUAAUUGUUGCUAUUGGAAACCGGAUCCUCAAAAUCGACACUAUGAAAGCUGGAAAGGGUGAAACUUUUACUGCAGAGGAGCCUCUCAAGUGUAACAUUGAUAAGUUGAUUGAUGGCGUGCACCUUAUCGGUAAGCAUGACGACAAUAUCACUGAGUUGUCAAUGUGCCAAUGGAUGAAGAGUCGGUUAGCUUCAGCAUCAGCAGAUGGCACGGUGAAGAUAUGGGAAGAACGUAAGGCAACACCACUUGCUGUUUUAAGACCACAUAAUGGUAAACCUGUUAAUUCUGUGACGUUCUUGACUGCUCCUCACCGCCCAGAUCAUAUCGUCCUUGUCACAGCGGGUCCGCUAAAUCAGGAAGUGAAGAUAUGGGUAUCUGGUUACGAGGAAGGCUGGUUAUUGCCUAGUGAUUCUGAAUCAUGGAUUUGUGUUCAGACUUUGGAUAUAAGAAGUUCUUCUGUAGCCAACCCUGAGGAUGCAUUCUUCAAUCAAGUUGUAGCGUUGCCUCGCGCUGGUUUGGUUCUGCUAGCAAAUGCCAAGAAAAACACAAUAUAUGCUGUGCAUAUAGAGUAUGGACCCAAUCCAACUGCUACUCGCAUGGAUUAUAUUUCCGAGUUCAUAGUCACAAUGCCUAUACUAAGCCUUAUCGGAACUAGUGAUAGCUUACCAGAUGGAGACCAUCUUGUGCAGAUAUAUUGUGUCCAAACACAAGCUAUUCAACAGUACGGACUCAAUUUAUCACAAUGUUUGCCUCCACCACUAGACAAUGUUGAACUUGAAAAAACAGAACCAAGUGUAUCUCGUGCUUGGGAUGGAUCUACUGAUCUGGGAACUGUUAACACACCGCAAGUUCAUUCGAGCACUUCUGAAAAUGUCAUGAAUUUGUCUUCGGAUGUUCAUGGUUUGCCCGAAGCUUUGGUAACAGAUACUGAGAUCAAGCCAAAUGAUUUACCUUCUCAUAAUGGUUUCGAACAUGUCCACGCUGCUCCACCUCCACUUCCUCCGAGUCCAAGAUUGUCUCGCAGGUUAUCUGGUUCCAAAAGCUCUUCUAAUAUUUUAGGGUCUGGCGCAAGAAGUGCUGGUGAUCACGGCAAUGAGCCAACAAAUAUUGAUUCUUCUGCAGAACAAAGGGUAGAGUCUGGAAAAGAUAAUGUGGCUGAUGUGCCUGAAUCGAGUGACAAUUUACAAGAAAGUGACAGAGUUGUACAAAAUGAUGUUUCUGCGGUUUCUGACAGCCCUACAAUAUUUAAACACCCAACCCAUUUGGUAACUCCAUCUGAGAUAUUCUCUAAAUCUGCUUUAUCUUCUGCUAAUUCUAAUACCUCUCAAGGUACGAAUGUUCAAGACGUGGCUGCACAUGGUGAUGCGGAAAAGUUUGAAGUAGAGGUUAAAGUAGUAGGUGAGAGUGAGACAGGUUCUAAUCAAGAAAACACCGAGUAUGACAGAGACAUAGGCUCACUCCCCGAUGUUGCUGAGAAGAAAGAGAAGCUAUUCCAUUCUCAGGCUUCUGAUCUUGGCAUUCGGAUGGCCAGAGACACCUAUAAUAUCAAGGGAGUUCAUCAAGUUGAUAGAGACACCUAUAAUGCCGAGGGAGAUCUUCAAGCUGAUAAUAAUAAUACUAUUGAAGCACCUGAUAGAGACAACUAUAAUAUCGAGGGAGUUCUUCAAGACACAAAUAAGGAGGCACCUGCAAACAUCAAGGAAUCCGAAGCUGUGGCUGCAACUUCGCAGCCUCCAGCACCUUCCACAAAAGGUAAACGACAGAAAGGAGGCUCUUCCACGGAGUCUGCUUUACCACAAUUAUCUUCUAUGCAGGAGAUGAUGGGCCAGCUAUUAAGCAUGCAAAAAGAAAUGCAAAAGCAGAUGAAUGUGAUGGUUUCGGCCCCAGUUACUAAAGAAGGCAAAAGAUUAGAAGGUUCGUUGGGUAGAAGCAUGGAGAAGGUAGUCAAGGCUAACGCCGAUGCUUUGUGGGCUCGCAUACAAGAAGAAAAUGCAAAGCAAGAGAAACUAGAGCGUGACCAUGUGCAGCAAAUAACUAAUAUGAUCUCCAAUUACAUAAACAAGGAUAUGUCAUCUCUAUUGGAGAAAAUCAUCAAGAAGGAAAUAUCUUCAAUUGGAACAACCAUUACUCGUUCACUCAGUCAAAAUAUAGAGAAAGCAAUAACAACAGCUGUUACAGAGUCAUUCCAGAAGGGGGUGGGAGACAAAGCAAUGAAUCAACUAGAAAAGUCAGUUAGUUCAAAACUUGAAGCUACAGUGGCUAGGCAGAUACAAGUACAAUUUCAAACUACUGGCAAGCAGGCUCUUCAGGAAGCACUUAGGACUAGUGUUGAAGCUACAUUAGUUCCUGCUUUUGAGAAGUCUUGCAAAGCUAUGUUUGAGCAAAUUGAUGGCACAUUUCAGAACGGACUUUUGAACCACACAACUGCUAUUCAACAGCAGUAUGAUUCUACUCAUUCUCCGCUAGCCAUCACUUUGAGGGAAACAAUUAACUCAGCAUCAUCGAUCACUCAAACUUUGAGCGGGCAAUUGGCUGAUGGCCAACGGAAACUGUUGGAAAUGGCAGCUAACUCCAAAGUGGCUGCUGAUCCUUUUGUAACACAAAUCAACAACGGCUUGCAUGAGAUGAAUGAGGAUCCUACCAAAGAACUAUCAAGGUUAGUAAAUGAGCGAAAAUUCGAGGAAGCAUUUACUGGAGCCCUUCAUAGAAGCGACGUUUCAAUAGUUUCUUGGUUAUGUUCUCAGGCUGGUUUAUCCGGUAUCUUGACGAUGACACCAAUGCCAUUAAGCCAAGGAGUACUUUUAUCUCUUCUACAACAGUUAUCCUGUGACAUCAAUACGGACACACCGAGAAAAUUGCAAUGGAUGACAGAUGUGGCUGCUGCUAUAGACCCAGAAGAUACAAGGAUUGCAGCGCACGUGCGGCCGAUAUUGGAUCAAGUGUACCGUACACUAGGCCAUCAUCGUAGUUUACCAACUAAUUCCCCUUCAGAAGCUAGCACAAUCCGCCUUCUUAUGCAUGUGAUAAACUCAGUGUUGUUGAGCUGUAAACCCGUGCAGAGAAUGUCUUGA